AUGGGCAAGAAGAAGAAGCAAGAACCUUCCUCUUCUGAUUCUUCCGAAGACUCAUCUGAUAGUUCCAGUGACAGUGAGGUUGAAGCCAAAGCUGCCGCCGAUGAUUCGUCAGAUGAAUCGUCAUCUUCAUCCUCGUCUUCAUCAUCCAGCGAUGAUAAUGAUAAACGAAAAAAGAAGAAAAAGUCGAGCAAAAAGGGAAAAGAGGGAAGUCUCACUGUAAUGGGCAAGAAGAAGAAGCAAGAACCUUCCUCUUCUGAUUCUUCCGAAGACUCAUCUGAUAGUUCCAGUGACAGUGAGGUUGAAGCCAAAGCUGCCGCCGAUGAUUCGUCAGAUGAAUCGUCAUCUUCAUCCUCGUCUUCGUCAUCCAGCGAUGAUAAUGAUAAAAGAAAAAAGAAGAAAAAGUCGAGCAAAAAGGGAAAAGAGAAGAAGAAAGACAAGAAAACUCGCAAGCAUAAGCAUCGGUCAAGAUCCAGAACGAAAGACGGAGCCUCAUCAUCCAGUCGAAAGCGGGAUAAGGACAAUUAUGUCAUCAUCCCCCGAAACAGCCGUGAGGUAGCCCGCAGAGAUCGAGGUCGCCACAGAAGUAGCAGCAGCUCAUCGGAUGAAGAGGAACAAAAACAGAUCAGCAAGCCAAGAAUUCCAUUCCAAUUUCCGGAUAUUAAGUCGAUUAAAAUAGCGCUACAAAUUGACACGCGCCGUAAAAAACACUGA